UUUCAGUCAAUCAGUUGGCUGCCAAGUUCCGACAACAUCGAACGUCGUUCCUGCGGCGGCGAUAUAAUAAUAAUAAAUCGCGUCGUUCGCCGAGUCGAGUUCAGAUCGCAUAUCUUCAUAUCAGAUCAUCGCAUAUUAUAUAUAUUAUAUAAUAUUAUUAUACAAUAUCGUAUACAGCUUGUUUGCAGUAACAAGACGUGUUUUUAUAGUCUGACCACAAUGCGUUUUGUGGCAGCGAUGUUAACGUCACCACUGUUGGCCGCGUUCCUCUGUUUGUUCGCAUCUAGUUGGACAGUCGCAGCAAUGCCAUCCGAUGGUGGCAUUGGCGACGGGCCCCUAUACCUGACGCCCUUGAUACAGGCGGGCCGGAUCGACGAGGCGCGAGCCGCGUCUAAGGUGAAACCCCUGAAAGCGGCCAUCGACAGCUACUCCGGUUACCUGACCGUGGACAAGGCGCACGGUUCCAACAUGUUCUUCUGGUUCUUCCCCGCCAUGAGUGGCGCUAAAGACGCACCCGUCAUGCUGUGGCUGCAAGGCGGCCCAGGUGCGUCAAGCUUGUACGCCGUGUUCGACGAACACGGUCCAUUCUCGGUGGCUAAGACCCACGGGCUCAAGCUGCGUAACCACACGUGGGUGGCCACCCACUCGAUGUUGUACUUGGACAAUCCGGUGGGCACGGGGUACAGCUUCACCGGCGAUGAAGCAGGAUACAGCGCCAAUCAGACGUCCGUCGGUCUCAACGCGUACGACGCCCUGGUGCAGUUCUUCACGCUGUUCCACGAGUACCAGCACAACGAUUUCUACGUGACCGGUGAGUCGUACGCGGGUAAGUACGUGCCGGCCGUGUCGUACGCCAUCCAUUUGAAUAACCCCGGAGCAAAAGUCAAGAUUAACCUCAAGGGACUGGCUAUCGGCAACGGUCUGGUCGAUCCCAUCAACCAAUUGAUAUACAGUGAAUACCUGUACCAGCACGGGUUCGUCGACGAGUAUGGUAAACAAGAGUUGAAUAAACUGGAGAACCUAGCUCGUGCCCAAAUCCUUAACGAAGACUUCCAGGACGCUUUUGGCACGUUCGACAAGCUGGUGUUAAACGGGGGCGUCUAUCCGUACCCGUCGUUGUUCCAGAACCUAACCGGCAUGCGGUACAACUUCAACAUGUUGUGGGACCGAGACCCGACACGGUACGGCGACUGGAAGAAGUACGUGCAAGAGCCGAUCAUUCGGAAAGCACUGCACGUGGGCCAGCAGCCGUUUAACAACGGUACUACGGUCAAACACCACCUGGCGAAUGACAUGAUGCGGUCGGUGGCUCCGAUGCUCGCCGCCUUACUGGAUGCCGGUCAGUACCGCGUUUUGAUGUACUCGGGGCAAUUGGACAUCAUCGUGCCCUAUCGCGGCACAAUGAACAUGUUCAAGUCGUUGAAGUGGUCUGGCUCGGAUCGGUUACAGAAUGCGACGCGAACCAUUUGGCGAGUGGGUAACGAAAACGCGACGUUCGUGGCUGGUUACGCGACCACGGUCGAUCCGCUGACCGUGUUGCUGGUCAGGGAUGCCGGUCACAUGGUGCCGGCAGACCAGCCGAUCUGGGGCCUGGAUAUGAUCAACCGAUUCACGACCGGCAAACCGUUUUAACCAGACCAUGAGUCCGAUGAAGUUUCAUGAGAGAAUAUUGUAAUAUAAUUAUAUGUUCCUGCAAUAAUUGUUGUUACACGUUUGAUUUAAUUAUAAUUUAUGAUAGGCAUCAGCUGCCGUCGAUAAAAAUACAUUACAAUUUGUAUCCGUCGACAUCGAAUUGAUUAAUACAUUAUUAUUAUAAUAUUGUAUGGCGUAUGUAUAAUACGUAACGUAUUCAUAAUAUAUUCGUUCUAUAUAAUGACCUAGUGAUAAUAAUAAUAAAAUGAAUAUUAAUAAUUUUAUAAAACUAUGUUUAUGCCUAUGUUGUUUAAUUGAUGAACAUAGUUCAAGUCAUUGUACUAUAUAUUGUUAUUACUGUAAUAUAUAUAUUAUAUAUGUUUAUAUACCUCGACCACCUCAAUAGGUACCGUGAUAAAAAUUUGAUAAUAAAUGUCAAAAGAUCGUUACUAUAAUAA